AGCAUGAGGAGAGUGUUAUGUCAUAGAGGGAAUGAGAUUUGAUGUAUUGGGAAUGGGUGUUCCUUUUGUUGGCAUUGAGAUUUCCAAGAAUAGUAAAUAAUAAGUUGCAUUGAACAAAAUCAGGCUGCUGUGGGUGUACAGGGGCGGCAGUGGCUCUGUAGUAUCAUAGCAUAGCAUGAUCACCGUGUAUGUUUUUAAUACUAUUACAAGACAGACAUACCCUGUGUGCACUAGGCAGGGAGGAGGGGGGUUUGUCAAGGGGUAGAGAGACAAUUUUCUGUCCUUCCUAAGUAGAGCAUUAAACAUUAUCUUCCAUUAUGGCAGGGCAGCGAAACAUUGGUGGUCUCUGGUCAAUGUGGUGAUGAGUCAUGACUCAUUGGUACUGCUGCCCAUAAAAUUAUUUUAUGGGCACAAGUCUAGGGUGAAUGAAAAAGCAGGUUUAGGGUUUCUCCCUUUUAUUCUGUGUUUUUUUCUAUUCUUGGGAUUUCUGGGCCAAGUUUCUGUUCCCUUUUGUGUCAGUUGGGUUUGAAGAAUUUCUGGUUCUGAUGAACCCCAAGGAAUUAGAAGAGACAACGUGCUUUUCACCUCAGGUGGGUUUGCAAACAAGCAGCAGCCAGACUGGUGUGGUGGAACCUUUGAUGUUUGAGUUGUUGAGGAAGGAGGAGGGUGGUUUCAGUGUGUCUGGUGAAAGCCAAUGUAGAAGUGAGAUAGCCUUCCAGCAGGUGCUCAGCCUUAGUUGGCAACAGCAAAACAUGGUGCACCAGCAGCAGGAACACAAGACUUGGGCCAUGGAGGUGGACAGCAGUUCGAGUCGUGGGAGUAGCAGGUCAGAGAACUGUUGCAGCCACCAGGAUUUUUCUAUCAAGGAGAUAGAAAGCGAGGAGAUAGAGAACUCCAGUGAGAAAGAAGUUGUGGACUCUUGUCUACAGCCUAAGCUGUGUGCAAGAGGACACUGGAGGCCUGUUGAAGAUGCCAGGCUUAAGGAGUUGGUGGUGCAAUGUGGCCCUCAAAACUGGAAUCUCAUUGCAGAGAAACUACCUGGCAGAUCUGGAAAAAGUUGCAGGUUGCGGUGGUUUAACCAGCUAGAUCCAAGAAUAAACCGCAGACCAUUCAGUGAAGACGAAGAAGAUCGGCUUCUGGCUGCCCAUCGAGUCUAUGGUAACAAAUGGGCAAUGAUUGCUCGGCUUUUCCCUGGUCGAACUGAUAAUGCCGUGAAGAAUCAUUGGCAUGUUAUCAUGGCCAGAAAGUCCAGGGAAGUUUCCACAGCUCACCGCCGAAGAAAGCCGCAGCAGCAGGAGGAGAGAAAAGAAAAUAACGUAUUCUCCAACAGUCUAGAUUUCUUCUCUUACUCGAAGAACACAACCAAUAAUUUUUUUUCAUUACCCACUACACUGCCGGACUGUUUUAGUACCAAGUCUUGUGCCCCAACCUUCGGCCCUUUCAUGGCAGGUGCCAAGGAUUCUACUAAAACUGUAUCGGGUUAUGAGUUCAACAGAUUUCAUGUGCCUAGCAGUGGUGUUUCUGUACAGAAAACUGCAAACAUGGGCAACUUCUCUCUUCAUUUCUCACCUCAGUUCAGUAGCAGUACAAGAGAACCCAAGUCCGAGUGGGUGACACAUCUCAUGAAUUCUUCACAGGAAUCUUCAUCUUCAUUCGCAACUUUGAAUCCAUUGUUACAAUCAGUAAAUAACAGCAGAUUCUGCAAUCCAAAUUCACAACAGUACACAAAAUCCUUGAUUUUCAGCCAGAGCGCUGAGACUGACAGAACUGUAAAAAAUCGACCUUUCAUCGACUUUCUAGGAGUAGGAGCCCGGUGCCAUAUAGAGACAGAAUGAAUCACGGACUACCUGUGAUCAAGGGUUUCUUUCCUUAAAACCCACCUUAGUCAUUUCUACACAGAAUUCAUUCUGAUGUAAAAAACACAUGAAACCAUGCUGGACUACGAGCAAUUUUGUCAGCAGUGGGCCCACAGGCAGAUUAUGGGGCAACUUUUCUAGGUAUGUAUGAUGUAUAAUGGAGUUGAAAUCUGUGCAUAUUUUUCUAGGCUGUCUGGAUGAAACCUUCUUAGCCCAUGGAGUUUGUCUGCAGGAAGUAGGACCGAUAUGGAAUGGCAAGAGCUAAAAAAUGAUCACAUACCCACAUACAAAUAAUUAUGUGUAUUGUACAUCAUCACUUGUUUAUGCACUUAGCCUUUAUGGUUGCUUCCAACCUGAAGCCUUUAAAUGCCAUGCUUUAAGUUUUGUUGUGCAUUUAUAAAAUCACCACAGCUGCAAUCUCUGCAUCUGGCAGAUUCUUUCCAAAGCCCAGUUGCUCAUCGAUGUGUUUCUUUGAACGUAUAUGGAUAUGGAGUUAUUUUUAUGUUACAGAUAAAACUACAGCCAUUAAAACAAAACGGGUAAUUGAUGAGAGUUAAAUCCAGAACCAUUAUAAAAGCAAUAAGAUCACAUUCUGUCUGCAUGUGGGUAAUUAUAAUACUGCAGCACACAUCUACAUAAACUACAGUUGAACUUUUCUUUGGUGAUCACAUCA